CUAUAAUUCAUCAUGGCGAAAAAAGCUUUGGCCAAGGAUCAGAUCGUGAAGCUCAUCGUUGGAGCCGGUCAGGCCAGUCCCAGUCCUCCGGUUGGUCCGGCCCUGGGUAGCAAAGGUGUGAAGAGUAUGGACUUUUGCAAGGAAUUCAACGCCAGAACCUCCCACAUCAACACCGGCGUCCCCAUCCCCGCCCGUGUCACCGUCCGUCCCGAUCGCUCGUUUACCUUUGACCUGCGCACCCCGACCACCGCCUACCUCCUCUUCCAGGCCGCCAACAUCGAGCCGCGCAAGAACCGCGUCCGAGGCGCCAUGAACCCCGGCCAUGAGACCGUCGGCAAGGUGUCCCUGAAGCAUAUCUACGAGAUCGCCAAGAUCAAGCAGUCCGAGACCAGAUUGUCGGGGUUGCACCUGGAGGGAUUGUGUAAGAGUGUGAUCGCGCAGGCCAAGUCCGUGGGCAUCCAGGUGGCUCCGUGAGGGAUCUGUUCCGUGAGGGAUCCGGGCUACUGAUGUAGAUGGUCACUACGCAGUGGUCAUGAUGAUUGGCGUUUUUGGCGAUUGGGCCUUUUCAUUUCAUUUCUCUUCUUUUCCUUUCAUGUCUGUACAUUAGAAUUGCAUGCGAGCCGAGAGCGUCGCGAUAUACCAAAGCAUUUGCACGGAAUAUGAGUGGUCCGACCAAUUAU